AUGCCUCAACUUGAUUUUGGUUGGGUGAGAUUGGAUUCUAGCACUAUAGCCACUGCCAUUGGCUCAUUAAGAUUCUCCUACGCAAAUGGAAAUGUGAAUCAGGAUUCCCCCAAUCCUAUUAUCAUAAUUGAUGAAAUGAAUAACCCAGGCCCCCACCCUUUCCCCAAACACCCUGUCCCCAAAAUUCACCUUUAG